AUGUUUACAAAAUAUUUUUUUUGCGCUUAUGGUUCUUAUAAUUUUCAACCUAUCAAAAGCAAUGACAAUCCUUACCGAAUAAAGGAUUUUUACGAGUCCCGCCUUAGCUGCAAUCUUCGCGUUGACAGCUUACUGUAUGCAACUGCUCAGCGAAGAAGCCCUCUCGAGGAGCCAAACAGGGAAGAAUGUCUUUCAAUGGGAUGCUGCUGGGAAGAAGAUCAAUCAGUUCUUGAUGAAUACCCUUUCAUUUCUCGAUGCUACAGGACGGAAAGAUUUGGACGCGAGUCGCCGAAGCCAGCACUUGACGUUUUGAAGGCUAGAAGCGCUAGUUUUGAUGAUUACUGA